AUGGGAUCUAAAGUUAUUAUGUAAAGCACAGAUUUAGUAUAUAAUCCUGAUAGCAAAUUAUUCCCAUUUUUCGUAAAUACCUUAGUAUUUCUUAAACUAAAUGGAAUUAAUCCAAAAAGAGAACGUUUUGGUUACGUAUUUACCUUAAGAGAAAGCUAAAAGCAUAUAAUAAGACUAUGUAAUUAGCUAUUAAGUGUAGUUUCAGUCGCUCAUGCAGUGAGUUUAGCAUGGUAUACUCUAGGUGUUUAUGAAAAUUAGAAUGGCUAUUCUACUUCUUGGCUUGAUAAAUACUAAUUUUCUGAUCUUAGCUACUUAGAAUAAUACAUCUAUUCGAUGUAUUGGUCAAUAACAACUAUGACUACUGUUGGAUAUGGCGAUAUAGCAGCUAGCAAUCAUGUGGAAGCGUUGUUUAUAAUAUUGUCUAUGAUAUUAUUUAGUUGUGUAUUUGCAUAUUCUAUAAAUAAUAUAGGUUUUAUUUUAUAGGAGAUUGAAAAAUCUUCAAAAGACUUGAAUGACAAUAUUAGUACAAUUUAAAGGUACCUUAACAGAAAAAAUGUAAACAUUUAACUUUAAAGCAGAGUUAGGCAUUAUCUUUCAUUUUUGGCUGAAGAACAGAAAGAUAGAGAUUAGCUAGCAGAGAACUAAAUAUUUUAAAUUUUAUCUAAUAAAUUAAGAAAUGAAAUUGUUAUUGAAAUAAACUCAAGGAUUUUAAAAAACUAUUCAAUUUUUAGUGCAAACUUUUCUACAUAGACCUUAAGGAAGUUAGUUUUUAUCAUGGAAGAAGUUCUUAUUUCUCCAAACGAAAUUAUAUUUGAGGAGGGAGAUAAUGAUGAUUAAUCUGUUUAUUUAAUAGAAAGUGGAAAUAUAGAGAUAUAUUAAGUAUCGCCUUCAAGUUAAAAUGGAUCAAAUUUAAAUCAAAACAAAACUCAUAUUCUAUAAUCAUUGAAUAAAGGCAGCAUUUUUGGUGAAAUUUCAUUUUUUUCUGGUCUUGCUAGAAAGGCAAGUGCAAGAAGUACAAAUUUAUCUACUCUUUAUAAGAUAAACAGAAAUCAAUUUAUUGAACUGAUAAAAGAAAACUCAGAAGAUUUUGAAAGAUUCAAAAUGAUGGAAGAAUAAGUUAAAUUCUAAUAAGACCUUUCUAUACUAUUUGUAGAGUGUUAUACAUGCAAAUCAAUAGGUCACAUAUCAAGCUAAUCAUCUUUUAAAACAGAUCUGUGCAUAUAUAGAGGUAGGCAAAAACCUAGAAGUUUAAUCCAUUGCUUUAUGUGUGUUACAACAUAUAAAUAUGUUAAAAUCUUAAGGAACAUUUCUUAGCAGAUCAGUGAGGAAGAAAAUGAAGAGAGCUCUGAAAAUGAAUAUAACAGCACAAGUAGUGAUUCUUCAUUAUCUUCGAACUAAGAUUAAAAUUCAAUGUUCUAGCAAUAAAAAGAAAAGAUUGUGGUUAAAAAGGAAAAAAGCAAUUCACAAUAAUAUGAACCGUAUAAAAGCUUAAAAAGCUUAAAGAAUUUUAAAUCAUUAAAAACUGUAUAGAGGAAAAGUAAACACAAAAAUAGAAAAAGUAAAAAAGAUGAAAGCUUAAAAUAAUUGAAUAUUUAAAAAGACAUUGAGAACUAACUCAUUUUAAGAGAUCUUUCACCAAAGCAAAAAACCUCAAAUGAAGAUUUUGAUAAAUUUAGUGAUAUAUCAAAGAGAGAAAGCAUUGAUAAAAGUGAUAAAAAGUAUGAAGAUUUAAAAGACUUUUUACACCAACGUUAACACAGCUAUGAAUAAAACGAUUAACUUUUAGAUCCUAACUCAAAUUUAAAUAAAUCAUAAAAUUCAAAAAAUUAAAAUAACUCUCAUUUAACUAUACCUUCUUAAAAGGAUUUAAUACCACCAACAAGUUAACUUGAUAUCACAAAUGAAACCUCUAAAAAAAAGUAUAAUCAAUAAAUCAACUUGAUUUAUGAGAAAUCUAUUAGCAACGAGGAGAGCAAUUCAAACUCUUUUAUUGAAGAUUAAGCUGCAACAAAGUAAGCCUAAAUUCCACAAUAAAAAUCUACAAAUAAAUUAAGAAAAGGUACUUUAAAACCAUAAAAAACUCAAAGAGAUAUUAGAACAUCAAUAGAUGUUUUAGUCUAAAAUACAAUUUAUAAUGCCUUUGUAGCUCAAAGUGCUGCACUCACAAAUACACAAAAUGAAUUAAAUAGGCUAGAAAGUACUUUAAGUAAGUUAGAAGAAAGAUUUUCAGUCUUUAACUUUCAAAAUUCCAAGUCAAUCAAAAGUGUAGAUUCUAAUAUAGUGACCCGCAGGAUUAGCUCAUAGUAAACCCCAUCUACUUUAUUUUAGAAAUAAACUAAUGAAUAUAGAUAAAGUUAAUUGGGAGUAAAUAAUCUUAAUAAUCCUAUUAAAAAGUUAAGUGUAUUUAAAGAUUCAUAAGAAAAGAAGCAAAAUUCAAAAAUGAGUAUUGAUGUUUAAGGGAUACCAACAUAGAAUGAAUUAAGGCAAGAUACUGUUUAAAACAUUAUGCUUGAAAAAAUUUAUAAAAUGCUUGACAAAUCCAAUAUAAAAGAUGUAUCAAACAGAGCAAGCUAUUAAUAAGAUGAAUACAGCUAACUAUAUUAAAGCGCUACAUAAAAUGUUCUCAACAAAUUCGAUAUGAUCAAGAAUUUCAAAAAGUUCUUUCCACACAAUAACUUCACAUAUAUUUUUAAUAAAUUCAAUUCAAAGAAAUUACUUUUUAAAAGUAAAAAAUCAAGAACUUAAUUUUAAGUUUAAAAAACCAGAAGAUAAAAUAUUAUCGUAUAGCUUAAAACUGCAAGGAAAUCUUUAUUUUGUAACGCAAUAAUACAAAAGCCUACGCCAUCAUAACUAGAUUACAAUAGCUACAAACCAACAUUUUUAUCAUAUGGAGUUUCUUAAAAGAGUGAAACAAUUUAUCCUAAAUUCCUAAUAAAAGAAGCAUUUUAUAUAUGA